AGUCUCCUGCUAUAUAGUGCUAUUGCUGUUUUCAACACAUCCUCAGCCUGGUCAGUGAAUAACUUUCUGAUGACAGGGCCCAAGGCGUAUUUGAGGUACUCUACAAGCGUGUCUGCUGGUGCCCAAAGUGGAAUCGAAGAAUGCAAGCAUCAGUUUAUCUGGGAACGCUGGAAUUGUCCAGAGAGUGCGCUUCAACUCUCCACUCACCACAGACUUAGAAGUGCUACAAGGGAGACUUCAUUUGUUCAUGCCAUCAGCUCAGCUGGAGUAAUGUAUGCCCUAACCAGGAACUGUAGCAUGGGAGACUUUGAGAAUUGUGGCUGUGAUAAUUCAAGAAAUGGACGUGUAGGUGGAAGCGGAUGGGUUUGGGGAGGAUGUAGUGACAAUGUGGAAUUUGGUGAAAAAAUUUCCAAACACUUUGUGGAUGCUUUGGAGACAGCACAUGAUGCCAGAGCUUUAUUGAAUUUGCAUAAUAAUGAGGCAGGGAGAUUGGCUGUAAAAGCAACCAUGAAGCGGGCCUGCAAGUGCCAUGGAGUAUCAGGGAGCUGCAGCAUCCAAACUUGCUGGCUUCAACUAGCAGACUUCCGAGAGGUUGGAAAUUAUCUAAAGAACAAAUAUAACCAGGCUCAGAAGCUGGAGGUGGACAAGAGAAGAAUAAGAGCUGGUAACAGUGCGGAGAGUCGUGGAAUGUCAACUGAGCCCUUCAACACCAUACAUGCUGCUGAUCUUGUGUUUUUGGAGGACUCCCCAGAUUAUUGCAUCAAAAACAUGACCUUGGGCCUCUAUGGUACUGAAGGACGAGAGUGCCUCCAAAGUGGCAAGAAUCUGACCCAGUGGGAGAAGCGGAGUUGCAAGAGGCUCUGCAUGGAAUGUGGCCUCAAAAUAGAGGAGAAACAGAUUGAAAUUGUCACAAGCUGCAAUUGCAAAUUUCAUUGGUGUUGCACGGUGAAAUGUGAACAGUGCAAGCAAGUGGUCACUAAAUAUUAUUGUUCCACUCGAGUGGGCUCUCUUUCCAAUAACUCUCGGCAGCGGAACAGGGGUCAUGGGAGAUAA